AUGGGUAGAAAGACUGUCACCGCCAUGGACGCUGUGUACGGGCUCAAACGACAGGGACGCACUCUUGCAGGAUGGCUCGGAGAGAUAAACAUGGGUUUUGAUCUCCAGCAGCAUCAUGCCAGAACCAGCGAAGUCCGCGCCGAAGAGUUGCUCCAGCUCCAGAAGGCCGUCACUAAGACCGCCGCUAAAGUAGGAAAGGAAGUAGCGCAGAAAGUUCAGGAAGCGAGAGCCACACCAUCUACGUGUACUAAAGUGCUGCAGCAGGUUUCAUCCCUGCGCGCAUCGCCGGUGAAGCGUUCCCGUCUCGCUCACUACAACAAGCGCUCCACCAUCACUUCCCGAGAGAUCCAGACCGCCGUACGUCUGCUGCUGCCCGGGGAGCUGGCCAAACACGCCGUGUCUGAGGGCACCAAGGCCGUCACCAAGUACACCAGCUCCAAGUAG